CGCAUGCGCAUUGUCUUUUUAGAAUGGGCUAACUGUUAGCGUUGUAAAAAAAAUACGUGGCAUACGUUUCAACAUGGAGAUAGCCGCACUUUUUGCCCUGACUUUAUUACUGGGUGCACUUGUUAUUUUGGUCGCUUUGGCGGUGGGAAAGAGAAAGGAAGAGGUAAAGGAGCAAGCAGAGCAGGCUGCCGAAAGUUCAGGUGAGAGAAGCUCGGAGCUCAUCUGUUUGAACGUCACCGUCUCACCCAGAGAUUUUAUCCUUGAACUGGUAAAACAGUGGGUGUCAACCACACGCGCCCCAGGGAGCCACUUGUUACCAACCCCUCCACUGCAGAAGAGCCAGCUUUGGCAAGCACAAGAAGGAAUCAGCUUGGAUAUGAAUACUUCUUUUCCACAUAUGGAAAAUAACUUAUUUGUGAGCAGAAGAUCUAAAUGGAGUUCAUGUCCUUGUCUGUUCUCCUGCAGGGCGUUCAUCACCUGGCUUGCCAAUGGAGAUGCUAUCCGUAUCUUCAAAAUGAUCAAGAAGGAUGAUGGGACCUUUAGCUUCAAAGCCGCCUCUGAGGAUUUCCCGCAGAAACACAAGGCGGCGAUAGUCAACAUCGGUAUCGCAGAGACAGGCAAGUUCAUCAUGAGUGCCUCCACAGACACCACCAUCCUUAUCUGGGAUCUGAAAGGAGAGCUGCUGGCCUCCAUUAACACUAAUCAGAUGACUAAUUCUUAUGCAGCCAUCUCUCCCUGUGGCAGGUUUGUAGCAUCCUGUGGUUUCACUCCAGAUGUGAAAGUUUGGGAGGUUUGCUUUGGAAAAGGAGGCGAGUUCAAAGAAGUUGCAAGAGCAUUUGACCUGAAGGGCCAUUCUGCAGGAGUUCACGCGUUCGCAUUUUCAAAUGACUCUCACAGAAUGGUGACUGUGUCUAAAGACGGAACAUGGAAGCUGUGGAACACAAACGUGGAGUACAAGAAGCAGCAGGAUCCGUACCUCCUGAGAACCGUUUCCUGCUCCUCCUCCGAAGGCAGCAGAGUGGCGUUGUCUCCGGACGGCCGCGUGGUUGCCAUCAGCGAUGGCUGCAACGUGACAAUGUUUGACGCCACCACUGGGACUCUAGAGGAGGAGCUGCGUGGCGUCCACAGCGUGGAGAUCACAGACCUCAGAUUCGACAUCAACAGUCGCUUCCUAGUUUGCAGCGGAGACAAGGCCAUCAGAGUGUUUCACAACACGCCGGGUUACCGGGCGGCCAUUAGGGACAUGAAGGACAUGCUGAAAAAGGCCCAGAAUGAGGCCAUGAAGCAGAGACUCCAGCAGCAGAUCAAAGAGGCUCAAAGUGCUCUGGAGACUGUGCUAACGGCUUCCGCCGAGUGAGCGAAUGCCCAAAGAGCCAUGCUGGGAUAGUCUACAUUAGCUCUGUUUUUUUCUGUGUUUUUUUUUUUUGUUUGUCAAAAAAAAAAUACUGAAAUUUGCAUGUAAUUUUAAUAAAAUUGUCUUUUUAUGGAAGGAUUAAAGGCAGUGUGUUCAAACAUG